AUGAAGCCGCCGGCCCCAGCACGCCUUCAACAAGUUCAUAUCCCGUUCGGUGGAGGAGGAUACGAGCCUAUAACUUCCUUCGACUCUCAUGAGGGGACAUACAGUCAAGACCAUGAGGCGAUCCAGGAGAGCUUGUUGCGAUUCUGCUCUGAUAAAUCAUGGAACAACAGCUCAAGAUCAGCCUUUAUGCCUCGGCCUAUUCUUGUCUCCUCAGAGCACCAGCGCCAAUGGAAAGAGCUUAACAAUGCUUUAGUCUCUGCGAUAACUGAUAUCGUGGAGAGGUGGUGGACGGACUCGGUGUCUAAAUUCCCUGAACGGAUGCCUCUGGAUCCUGUGGAGGAGGACCUUCUUCGUUGGAUUGAUAGCCAAGUUCCAAGCAAGAUACAUCCGUACCGAAAGUGCCGCGGCUCGUGGAGACCGGAUUUUCUAAUUGAAGAAGACAAUGAAGGGGCAUCUGGUUCACUAGAGAACUUUCUAAUCAGUGAAAUAAAUGCUCGGUUUUGUUUUAACGGACUGAUGUAUGCAGCUUGCGGGCAACAGGCAUUGGAAGAGCAGGGUAUUGCUGAUGGAAGUAUUGGCUUUAUCGGAGCGACGGACCCCGCAGAAAUGAUAGGCGGUAUAAUGAGUCUGUUCGAUCACAACUUGCCAUUGCAUCUUCUCAAGGGUGAUGAACAUGGGAUUGACAUCCACAUGGUUGUGGAAUUGCUCAGAACACGCUUUGGGAUCAGCUCUCGCUUCGUGCUACCUAAUGAUCUCAGACUUGUGCCGAAUCCAGAAGACAAGGAUGGUUACAGACUCUGCUGCGUGGUUAGGGAAGGCGAAUCUCAGGUAGCCAACGAUCUCCGCCAUGCAAGCCAUCCCAGCCAUAUCACAGAUGUAUCGAACACCCUCCGGCAAACCGGCAUCCUCAAGGUCAGUCUGCAAUUUGAGGAUGAUUCCAGCCACUACCUCCAACAUCUCAUGGUUGGUCUCCAUAAACAACAUGGCCACGGACUGCCCAUCACCCACAGUGCAUCCCGCGGCUGGUUCUGGGACAUUCGACCUAACAGCACGUCGUUCCAAACCCCAUCUCAUCAGGCCCGAUCCGAGACAAUGGAGGAGUUUCCUUGGCACACUGACUGUAGCUAUGAGGAAGCCCCACCUCGGUACUUUGCCUUGCAGGUCCUACGAGAAGACCAAUGUGGCGGUGGUACUCUCUCCGUAAUGAAUGUCGGCAGACUGAGUUCUCUGCUGUCGACGUCAACUUGCACUGCACUGCUCCGGCCCGAGUAUCGUAUUACUGUCCCACUCGAGUUUGUGAAAGAUGAUGCGAAACGCCAUGUUGUGGGCGGCUUGAUGGCUACGGAUGCCAAGGGGUUGCCUAGUAUGGUUCGUUUUCGCGAAGAUAUUGUCACCCCGUUGACUGCGGAGGCGGCGCUAGCGUUGCAGGAGUUGAAGAAUUGCUUGCUGGGACAGAAGGUGCAAGCAGAGACCCUGCAGCUUACGUCGGAUUGUUUGCCCAGGGGGUCUGUAAUCUUGAUGGAUAAUUAUAGGUGGCUUCAUGCUCGGAGCAAUGUUAGGGAUCCGGAGCGCCAUUUGCGGAGGGUUCGUUGGGAUGCGAGACCUUUUCCUACCUCAUUGAAGGCUAACAGCAGAGUUCAAUAG